AUGGGCAAGGGAGGACUGGGAAAGCCACAGACACACGGACGGCAGACCAACAAGGUUGAGGGGGGCAUGGGAAGACAUGGAAAAGCCCCUUCUUCAUUGCCACACCGCCAUUUUGGCAUUCAAGGUUGGGCCAGGCUUGAUCCAGACAGCGGAUUGUGCGCAUCGCUUGCUGCGGCGGCGGAUUAUUCCUCUCGCCUGUCUCACCACCUCACCUCGUUCCCCGGGUUCUACACCACGUCUGCCGUCUCACAGCUCACAGUGGACGGACGCUCCGACCACCUCGCCGCCACUCUCUCACCGUUCCCGUCUUCCCCUCCCCCUCCUUUGUCAUCUUUGGGGGGGUUGGAGAAGCAUGAAGACGAGAGCUGGGAGCUAAAGCUUACCUUGGGUUGGCAAGGCAAGGACGGCAAGCUACCAGCUGAGCCACCUCCACGGAUACAGCUAGGCAUGUAUCCGUACACCACUUGUCUUGCGCCAUAUAGGGCUUCCUGCAUCGACGGUAGAGCAAUGAAAAAAGCAAAUAAGGAGGAGCAAGAUUGCGAACGGUUCGGGGUCGGAACAGCAUUCGACCAGCCAGACCGACGCCUCUACCAAGCAUGCCGGCGGCACUCACUGGUGGUGCAUGGCAUGGCUGCCCUGCCAUGCCACCUCCAGCACAGCGGUGGUGGUAGUGGUGGGGCAAGCUGCCAAACGGCACAGUGCUUGCUUGGCGGUCUGCUGGUUCAACCUACCAGUAGGUACGGACAUGAGCGUGAGGACUGA